CUCCAGUUCGGUUUGUUUCAGCUCAGCGAGAGAGAGACACAACAUAACUGAAACUCUGAUUUCGAUAGCAAUGGCGUUCGCGGCAUAGUAAUAUUAAAAAUCUAUAAUUCCAUAUAAUAUUGUCAUCCUCUCAAAUUCAUUCUUCAAAACGCUCUCUGCAACCAAAACGACAUGCGCUCCAAGGACAGAAUAGCUUAUUUCUACGACGGGGAUGUUGGUAGUGUUUACUUCGGGCCAAACCAUCCGAUGAAGCCUCACAGGCUAUGCAUGACUCACCAUCUUGUUCUCUCAUACGAACUUCACAAGAAGAUGGAAAUUUAUCGCCCACACAAAGCAUAUCCUGUUGAGCUUGCCCAGUUUCAUUCAGCUGACUAUGUUGAGUUUUUGCACAGGAUUACACCUGACACUCAGCCUUUGUUCUCCACAGAAUUGGCAAAAUAUAAUCUUGGAGAAGACUGUCCUGUAUUUGACAACUUGUUUGAAUUUUGUCAGAUUUAUGCUGGAGGAACUAUAGAUGCUGCCCGUCGACUAAACAAUCAAUUGUGUGAUAUAGCUAUAAACUGGGCAGGUGGGUUACACCAUGCUAAGAAAUGCGAGGCAUCUGGAUUUUGCUACAUCAAUGACUUAGUUUUAGGUAUCUUGGAGCUUCUCAAAUACCAUGCCCGAGUUCUGUAUAUUGAUAUAGAUGUCCACCAUGGUGAUGGUGUAGAAGAAGCCUUCUACUUCACUGACAGGGUGAUGACUGUCAGUUUUCACAAGUAUGGAGAUAUGUUCUUUCCAGGUACUGGUGAUGCUAAGGAAAUAGGAGAAAAAGAAGGCAAGUAUUAUGCCAUAAAUGUCCCAUUCAAGGAUGGAAUAGAUGACCCUAGCUUCACUCGACUUUUCAAGACUAUUAUCUCUAAAGUAGUGGAAACAUAUCAACCUGGUGCAAUAGUUCUCCAGUGUGGAGCUGAUUCACUUGCUGGAGAUCGCCUGGGCUGCUUCAAUCUCUCUAUUGAUGGUCAUGCUGAAUGUGUCAGAUUUGUAAAGAGAUUCAAUUUGCCCUUGCUGGUCACUGGAGGUGGGGGAUACACAAAAGAAAAUGUUGCUCGGUGUUGGGCUGUCGAAACUGGAGUUCUCCUAGAUACGGAGCUUCCUAAUGAGAUCCCAGAUAAUGAUUAUAUUAAAUAUUUUGCACCAGACUUUUCCUUGAAGAUUCCUAGUGGGCACAUCGAAAACUUAAAUAGCAAGUCAUAUCUCAGCACCAUAAAAAUGCAAGUCUUGGAAAAUCUUCGUUGCAUCCAACAUGCGCCAAGUGUACAACUGCAGGAGGUUCCACCUGACUUCUACAUUCCUGAUUUUGAUGAAGAUGAGCAGAACCCAGAUGAACGCAUUGACCAACACACACAAGACAAACACAUACAGCGUGAUGAUGAAUACUAUGAAGGUGACAAUGAUAAUGAUCACAUGGAUAUUUCAUGAAGAUGGGCUGAGCUAUGUGGUUCCCCGUUUUUUGGUAGAGUGACAACUUCACUAGACAAGGAAAAUGUAAUUAGAUAGAAACACCCUAGUUGUAUCAACGAAGCAGUAUAGUUGAACUUACCCAAAUCAUUGAUUUUCUUUUGGGUAAAAUAUAUUUUUUUGUUCUUAAAGUUAGUUAAAAAUUUUAAAAAUACUGAUAAGUUUUAUUUUGUUUCAAUUUUAUUCCAAUUUUUUUUUUUA